AUGCGCACGCCGGGACGGCGGGCCCUCCUCGCCCCCGGGGGCCCGGCGCCCCCGCGACUGCUCCUCGGCCUGCUUCUGGGCGUGCUCCUCCUGGCCGGCUGGCCGGCCGUGGCCGCCGACAGCCACUACCUGGUGGAGGCGCCCGAGGCCCCGGGCUGCCGGUCGGACCCCUUCAUGACCGGGCUCCUGCCGGGAGAGGGCCCGGCCUGCACGGACGUCACGCCCGGCCGGUGGCGCGUGGACCCACGCGACCGGCACGUCGCCCAUCUGGGGGACAUCCGCGCCGGGGUGCUCUUCAACUCGUGGGGCUCCUCCGAGGGGGCGCUCGCCGGGGUGCCAUCCAGCCCGGAUGUCGGGCCCCUGCCCCUGGCGUCGGCCAGCCGGGAGCCGCUCUUCCUGUGGCAGAAGGGCGCCCAGCUCCCCUGUCCUGGGCCCGGUUAUGGGCCCCUCCUGCUGGCCGGCCAUGCAUCCGGCCGGGACACGGUCACCGCGCUGGUGCAAUUCAAAACCGGCCCCGAGUCCACCUUCGCCACGGUGACGCACAAUGCCGCCACCCGGGGCUGGGGCCCGCUGGCCAUGCUGGAUGCCAAGCACCCGGUGGAGCUGGCGGUGCCCGGCCUGCCGGGGCACCUUUUCGUGGCCCUCGAAAAGGGCUGGGCCUGGGUCCGGGCCGGGCAGCCGGCGCAGACGGUUUCCCUCGGGGCCAAGCCCAUCGCCCUGGCGGCCACGCGCUUCCUCUCGGCCGACCCCGGCCACAUGGACUUGGUGGUGAUGCUGAGCGACCGGCUCCUGGUGUAUGUCGGCCUCGGGGAUGAUGGCGCGGUGCCGGGGCCGCUGCAAAGCAACGCCCUCUCCGGCAAUCAAAAGUCCCUGGCCGCCUUCCUGGUCCCCCCGGUGCAGGACGCCGCCCACCCGGGCAAUGCGCUGCUGCUGCUGCUGCUGCUGCUGCACAACAAGCGCACCCCCUGGCGCGUGCGGCACCAGCCGACCGCCGGCGGGGCCUUCGCCUGGCAGCGCGUCCGGUGGGCCGAAAACAUGGACCUCAAGCCGCACAAUGCCAAGCCCGUGGUGUGGGCCCCGGGCGCCGGCCGGCCGGAGAUCCUGGCCCUGGUCAUCCACCACCGGACCUUCUUCCUGGAUGGGGACCCCGCCUGCGCCACCGACCGGUCGAUUGUGUGCAGCCCCAGCGCCUUCGGGAGCUGUGUGCCGGCUGUGCGGAUGGCUUCUUCUCCGUGGUCCUGGGCCCUGGCCAUCGAUUGCCUGCCCUGCGCGGUGACCAACUGCCGGACAUGCCCCGACGCCAGUGGCACCUGCCUCGUGUGCGCACCCGGCUUCCUCCUCCACCGGCCAGGCCCCGGCCAGGCGGAUGUCUGCACCGGCAGCUGCCCGGCCGGGACGCAGGCCGCCGGCGGCGUCCUCGCCAUCCAGGCCGGCAUCCUGGACGCCUCGCCCGGAGGCGUGGCCGCGGUGUGCUCCUCGCGCACGUUCCUCCAAGACCGACGCCUCCACGUGAGCAAUGCCUCCCUGGCCGCCGGGGCCAGGACGUCCUCCCUCCUGGCCAUUGCCCUUGGCAAUAUGCUGGGCGUCGUGGACUUGGGAUCCCGGCGCCAGAACCCGGCCGGGCCGCUGGCCGUCACCCAGCUCCACACCCUGGCCCCCUUGGAGAACAUCACCCAGCUGUUCGAGCUGGCCCCCCGCCUGCAGGCCGGCGCCGUGCGGCUGGACCUCAUCAUCCGCACCCGGUCGAGCGGGCUCUUCCGGGCCACCCUCACAUGCACCCUGCCGGGGCCCGCCCCCGACCAGGGGUGCGACGUGCAGCUGGGGGCCCCCCGGUCCGUGGCCGGCACGGCUGCCUUCCCGCUGCCGGGCCACCCGCUGGGCCCCUGGACCCUGGGCUUCGGCGACAUGGUGGUGGAAUUCCACCCGGACGGGUCGCACACCAUUGUCCGGCUGCCGGAGUCGGCGGCCAUGCUGCCGCAUUGGGACCCGAGCACCGACGAUCGCCGGGCAUGGGUGUGCCACCGUUCGCGGGCCAGCCUGGUGGCCCAUGCCUGGGACUCGCUGCUCCACUCCCCCCAAGGCCGGAGCCUGCCCCUGGCAGCCACCCCGGUCCCGGCCGACGGGUGGAAGGUCCUGGGCAUGGGGGACGGGUCGCGCUCGGCGCCGGAGCACCUCCAGCCCGGCAUCCUGCACACGGGGCUGGCGUCGCUCAAUUCCCAGGUAUACUGGGCGGUGGUGCACCACCCGGCCGGCAUGGGUCCCCAGGGCCGGACCCGGGACAUCCCCGGCGCCGGGCGCCUCCUGGCUCGGGUGCCGGUCGCUUGGCCGGCGGCCGGGGUGGCCCCGGUGGCGGCGGCCAUGCUGCCGCUGCACGACCUGCCCCACUACCCCGGGGCCGUUGCUGGCCGGGCCCUGCCAGCCGGGCCCCCGGGCCCUGAGCAGCCUGCCCGGCCUGCCGGACCUCGGGCCGGAUGCCAUCCUGACCACGGCCCCCGGGCCCUGAGCAGCCUGCCCGAGUGCCCGGCCGGCACCUUCGGCCCCGAGUGCGCCCCCAGCGCCGGGUCCUGCCGCACCUGCACCGGGCCCACGCCCGACCAGUGCACCGACACCCGGUGCGACCGGCUCCUGCCCCACGCGCCGGACGCCUGCCUGCCCCGGUGCCCGGAGGGGCUGGUCCCGGAUGGGAGCGGCGCCUGCCGGUGCCAGCCCGGCUGCGCGGCCUGCGCCCCGGCCGCCGACGAGGGGUACAUUUGCACCGCCUGCCCCGGGGGCCAUGCCCUGGGCCCGGGCGACCCGACGCGCUGCCACCCCUGCGACCGGCUGUGCGCCGAGUGCACCCGGCCGGGGGACCCGGGCGCCGGUGUCCGGUGCGCCCUGCCCGGGGACCUCCUCCAGCCGAGCCGGACCUGUGCCGGGACCUGCCCGGAGGGCACCCGGCCCCAGGCCGCCACGCGGUCGUGCGAGCCCUGCACCGAUGGCGGGUGCGCCCAGUGCGCCGGGGCCCCGGACGCCUGUGUCACCUGCCGCCCGGGGUUCCGCUGGGCCACCGGGGCCCCGCCGGUCGGCAGCCCGGCCACCGGGGCCUGCAUCGCCUGCCCGGACUGCCAGGCGGGCUACCUCCUGCUGCCGGACACCGGCACCUGUGCCAGCGGCUGCCCGGCCGGCAUGGCCCCGGAUGCCGCCGGCCGGGCGUGCGCCCCCUGCCACGGGUCCCGGGCCGAGUGCUCGGCCCCGGGCAGCCCCGCCGCCCGCACCGUCUGCCCGACCGGCUGCCUGCAGUGCUCCCGGGCCGACGUGUGCGAGGUCUGCCCGGCCGGGCACUCCGACCCCGGCGACGGGUCCUGCGCCCCGUGCCACUCCUCCUGCGCCCCGUGCCACUCCUCCUGCGCCGAAUGCACCGGCGGCGAUGCCUGCUCCGCGUGCAAGCAGGGGCUGGUCUUCCUGCUGGAGGACCCGCUGGCCCGGUCGCUGUGCGGGGCCGCCUGCCUGCCAGGGCAGUACACCGGGCCGGGCCGGUGCCGGCCGUGCGCCGACGCCUGUGCCCUGUGCUCCGGCGGGCCGGAGGCGUGCACGGUCUGCGGCCCGGGCCACCGGUGGGCCGCCGCCCCGGCCACCCCGCCGCAUGGGACGGCCGCCUGUUGUGUGGCCGUCUGCCCGGGCGCCACCUACCCCGAUGGCGGGUCCGCCACAUGCCAGCCCUGUGACUCGCGGUGUGCCGGGUGCGCCGGGCCCACCGGCGCCGAAUGCACGGCCUGCAUCGCCGGGCUGGAUGCCCUCGCCGGCCCGGCGGAGGGGCUGGUCACCGGCGUGUCGGCCUGCCCGGCCGGGGCCUUCCGCCCCCCGGGCGAGGUCGCCUGCCAGCCCUGCGACCCGGCCUGCGCCGAGUGCAAUGGCCCCACCGAUGGGCACCGCUGGCGGUGCACCGGGUCCGUGCUCCAGGCGGGCCGGUGCGUGCAGGAGUGCGCUGCCCGGCAUGUGGCCAUCGGCCAGCGGUGCCUCCCCUGCCAUGCCUCCUGCGAGGCGUGCUCCGGCACCAAGUCCACCGAGUGCACGGCCGGCUGCCCGGCCGGGCUGCUGGCCCUGCCGGCCGGGGCCACCCCCAUGCGCUGUGUGCCCGGCCGCCCGGUCGGGUACAGCACUUCGGCCGCCGGGUGCGCCGCAUGCCCGGCCAAGUGCGCCAGCUGCCCGGCCGACGCGUCGGCCUGUGCCCUCUGCGACCGGGGCUGGCUCCUGGAGGCGUCGGCCUGUGUGCUGACCUGCGCCCCCGGGUCCUCGGCCCUGGGCGGGGUGUGUGCCACCUGCCAUGACACAUGCGCCACCUGCCACGGCCCGGGGCCCGAGCACUGUCUCGCUUGCAGCCCGGCCCGGCCAUUCCUCCCGGCCGGGGUCUGCCUGGCCGACUGCCCGGCCGGGACCUUCCCCGCCGGGGCCACCUGCCAGCCAUGUAGGCCCUCGUGCGCGGCCUGCUCCGGGCCCGGGGCCUCGGACUGCACCGCCUGUCCCGACUCCCGGGUCCUGGCCCUGGAUGGAUCGUGCAUUGGCGCCUGUCCGGCCGGGCAAUUUGCCGGACAGCGCCCGGCCCCGGGCGGGCGUGCGUGCCGCGCCUGCUCGCCGGCCUGCCGGCUGUGCCAGGGCCCGGACCCGGGCGAUUGCAUCGCCUGCCCGGAGGGGCACCUCCCGCAGGAGGGCCACUGCGUGACCUCCCGCUCGGCCGGGCACUUUGCCGGUGCCCUGGCGGCCGCUUGCCCGGCCGGCUGCACCGGCUACCUGUCGGCCUUCGACCCGGACGCCGCCGCGUGCGCAUCGCGCUGCACCGACUGCGAGCCCGGGCUCCUGCUCUCGCCCCGGACCGGGCGCUGUGCCGGGGCCUGCUCGAUCGGGGAGUUCCUCCGGCCGGCUCGGUGGCCACCGAGCCGGCCGAGGCCCGGUGCACCGCCUGCGCCGAUGCCACCCACUGGCUGGACCACGCGGCCGGGGCCUGCCUGGCCGCCUGCCCGGCGCACUGCGAGCGCUGCUCCGCCGGGCCCGGCACCCCGGCCUGCGCGGCGCCCGGCCCCUCCGGGCCGCGUGUCUGCCCGGAGGCCGACUCCUGCCACGGCUGUGCCUCGGGCUUCCUGCUGCUGGCCCGGGCGUCGUGCGUGGAAGUGUGCCCGGACGGCUUCUUCCCCCAGUGGGAUGCCCCGGUGCCGGCCUGUGUCGCCUGCCACCCCGAGUGCUCGGCCUGCGUCGGCCCGGCGCGCGAGGACUGCCUCACGCCGGGCGAUGGCCUGGCACGCGACCGGCGUCUCGCCCUCGGCCUCGGCAUCGGCCUGGGCCUGCUGCUGCUGCUGGUGCUGCUCCUGGCCCUGGCGCUGUUCCUGCUGCUGCGCUCUCGCCGGGCCAAGAGCCCGAGGGACCUGUCGGAACCGCAUGAGAACUCGACGGUGCUCAACACGAUUGUCGUUGCCAUCCCCCGCAGAGCUGGCCCUGCCGGGCGCCAUGCAGGUGGACACCAUGGCGGACUUCGCCCCGGUCGAUGACGCCCUCGGGACCGGAGCCCAGGCCCGGGUGUUCGCCGCGCGCGCCAUCGGGGCCGGCAUCUCCGCGCGUCUUGGCUGCCCGGACACCGUGGCCAUCAAGCAGCUGAAAGACUCACCCAACCCCAUGCAUUUGCAAUCGCAAUCACCCCAGCCACCAAGAUGA